AUGGAUAAGUCGAACAGUGUCAUCGGAAACAUAAACCCCAUGCCUCAGCCAACAGCCAUGUCUCCACCAGCAGCCAAGCCUCCGCCAACAACCAUGCUUUCGCCAAAAGUCAUCCCUUCACCACGAAGCAUGCCUUCGCCAUGGGACAUGCCUCCAGCAAAUGCUGUGUCUCCAUCAAAAGCCAUGCCCUCAACAAGCGUCAUGCCUCCGCCGAGUAUCAUGGGACCAAGCAAAUUGCCUCCUUUCAGCCAGCGAAAGGUGUCAGCCGCGAGAGACGAUUUGAUGCUGCAAAUGAACGACCCUGAGCUGGACGAGCUCAUCAAGGAACUCCAGAAUAGGCAACGCAAGAACCGGGCGAUCGGCACCUCCAACCAGAACUGCGGCUUGCUCAAAUUGCCGGCAGAGAUACUCAACUACAUAUACGAAGAUGUAGCCGCGGAUGCUUACGGGAAGGCCGUAACGCCGCAUUUGACGGAUGAACAAGGCAAAAAGGUACGGCCAUCUCUUCUUGGCACUUGCUACCAGAUAUAUCAAGAGUUCUCAGGUGUCAUGUGGAGUCCGAAGUACAUGCGGGCCAAGAUGUUUGGCGGUCAAGGCCAGAGCUUGGUCGUCACGGAGCCGAGACUGCUUCACGCCAUCGUCAACGAGCUACUCAGCUCUCUCAUGUUCGAUACGAGGCGCACUCAUACGACCAAUCCGACCGAACAUUGUCAGGAGGAUGUAGACAGGCAUUUGUAUCAGCACGCCAACGCCUGGAUCGGAUACAUAACAUCUCAAUGCCCUGGUGCUUUCGAGUACUGGUCGAAAUUUCAGAUUCAUGUUGCGAACACGGAGAGCGACCUCGGCAAACUGUCAAUGAAGCAUCGCCCAGGAGACUUCAUCCGGAUCCAAGGCCUGACAUUCCUUAUUAAGGACAAGGACAAGCGGCGGGUGAUCUGA